AUGAAGAUCUUCUGUAUUCUGCUUUGUAUCGGGGUUGCGUCGUCGUUGAGAUUCCGACGCGGAGGCUAUGCUCGGCCUCCAAUGAUUCCGCCACCCAUGGAGGAAAUUGCGCCACCUCCACCACCGCCACCACCACCACCACCACCACCUCCAAUGGAGCCACAAUUCCCUAGCGGUGGUGGCUACGGACGUCCAAGUUUUCCACAACAAUUCCCAUCUUAUGGAGGAGGGGGCGGUUUUGAACCACCGUCAAGCAGCUAUGAUCGUCCAAUUGGCGGAUACGGUAGACCCAGUUAUGGCGGCUUGGGAGGAUUCGGAAUGUGA